CCUCCCACCCCCUGCUGCUCUCUCCAUGGCUGCCAACACCCUCAGCGGCCAGUUGCACGCCUCUCGCCCACACAUCGACUAGACAGGCACUCCCUCCGCUCCACCACGCAUCAUGCAUGUUGACGUGCUCGUCUCUUGCCUUACCUCUCCAUUCCGCCCGAAUUCUCCACUCACGCAGCGAGAAUGGACUUGGUUACCACCGAGCAGCCCUUUCGCUUCGCCCGCGAUUCUAGUAGCCUCUCCACAUCUGCGUGCCACGACGCUCGUUCCGACAUGUCUGCCACGUCCAGGCCUCAGAUGAGAUCCGACGGUCCAGAGUUUUCCUCCCAGGCGACAUCCGCGGCGGCUGCCGUCUUGGACCCGCCCGUGCCGGCCAGCACGCCGCCGUUUGUAGCGCGGGUGGCGGCGGUGCCGUCCCCGGCGAGCAGCUCGGUGGCGGUGGAGGCGCCGCCGCGGCACACGUCGUCCAAGUACGACUUCGUCAAGCUGUGCUUGAAGCAGGUGCGCGUAUGGCUGGGAGAGAACGACGACCACUACUACGUGCUGUCGAGAUUCCUUAUAGCGAGGAUGCUCACCGUCACACGCAUGCCCCAUGUGGUGGCCACCAAGGUGGCCCUGGAGUUGAAGAAGCUGCUGGUGGAUCACGGGCUGCUGGACGUCAGUCAGGGCGACCUGGAGCGCAACCUCUUCGCGCUCAUGCGGCGGCGAGGCUAUGGCGACGACUAUGUGGGGCGAUACCGCAUGAUGACCAGCUUCUACCAGCGGCGCAUCCCGCUGGUGAUCUUCAUCACGGGGCUGCCGUGCACGGGCAAGUCGUCCAUCGCCUCGCUGCUCGCCCAGCGCCUCAACCUCCCCAACGUCCUCCAGACGGACGUGGUGUACGAGCUGUUGCAGGGCCUGCCGGAGUCGCCGCUGCAUGCCUUGCCGCUGUGGGCGCGCGCGGACCUGGCGGGCGACGAGGACGUGGUGGCGGAGUUCUGCCGCGAGUGCAAGAUCAUCCGCAAGGGGCUGGAGGGCGAUUUGAGCAAGGCGCUGAGGGAGGGCAAGCCGGUCAUCAUUGAGGGCACACACAUCGACCCCGACGCCAACUUCCUCUCCUUCAGUGCUGCACCGCCGCCCGUGCCUGUGUCCCUGCCACCACCACCUGCCCAGGCCGCCACGCCAGCAGCACCACUCCUACAACCACAACUAAGCAUCGCCCCUGCUGCUUGCGGGGCGAGCAGUGGUGAUGCUAGUGCAAGGUGGGGGCCGAUGGGCGAUGGCAGGGAGGGGGGCGGAGAUGACCCCAUGGAGGUGGAGGGCAGCGAGCUGCGCGAGGGGGCAGAAGGGCAGGGGGCAGGGGGAGGAGAGGGAGGGGCGAUGGUGGAGGAAGAGCGAGACAGCCGUGCGUGCGGGCGAAUGGGGGAUGGUAACCAGGGAAAUGGUUCUGCAGGGGAGAUGCGGGGAAAGGUGGGGGCGGGGAGAGGGGAGAGAGAGCAGGCACGGGGAGCACGGGAUUCUGUGGCGAAGCAUUUACCAUCUGAUCCUGCUGCACGUGGCUCACCAGCCACUGCAGCGCCACCAAAAGCACCAGAAGAAGCAGCAGAUGCAGCAUCAGGGGCGGCGUCAAAGCGGCUGCGUCCCGUUGUUGUUCCCAUUGUGCUUCAAAUGCACCCAGCAGACCAUAAGGUGCUUCUCUCUGAGUGGAUCGCAUCCCAUGCACCCAAUGCUGCACUGCUAUCUCAGGUGCCCAUGGAGGCGCUGCUAUCGCGCAUGCAGGCCGUGCAGCGCUACCUCUCCUCCUUCCACUCCCAGGGCGUGCAUGUGGCGGACAUCUCGUCCACCUCGUUCCCGCGCACCAUAGACAACCUGCAUGCGCACCUGCUCGCAUGCAUAGAGCAGCGCUGCCGACAGGAUGCCUGGAGCGCAGAGGGCGCAGAGGGGGAUGCCCAGCGAUAACGCGUCUGGAGCGGACCUUUGGUUGAUGUCAUGGUAGGCACAAGCAGGGUUGGGGUGUAGAGUAUGGUUUGGGAUUUGUAGUGCAGCAUAUGCCCUAGGUCUAGUGGUGCAUAUUGUACAGUGUGUAUGCCUUUCUCAGUUCUAUUCCGUUCCCACUUGUAUAUCAAAGU